GUGCCAAAGGCAAUCACGAAGUGCAACCAAUCACUUAUUCAUCUGACUUGCCCUGAGUCCAUGCCAUGCAACCGCUGCAUCUGAGGCAGAAGCAGUCCUCCAAGAAGCAACCAACUUUCGCGUUGUGCCACAGAAUAAAUAAAAUAGUUCCAGUACCAGCACGCAUCCACUACGUUGACCGUGGCGAGGAGCAGCAGCAGCAACAGCACCAGUCGGCGGAGGAGGAGUCGGAGCAACACCUCCAGCAACCACCUUUCAGCAGUCGUCUGGCGGCUGCCACAAGCAUUGAUGCCACUGCCACGCCGCCACGUCACGUCUCGCCGCACGGGUCGCCGCAGCUGCAGCAGCGUCUGGGUAAGCAUCUGAGCAAGUCCGCCUCGGAGCUAAACGGACACGAUUGUCACGGCAACGAAUCGCCCCACAUAUCGCCAAAGCGUGCCAAGAGCGCCGUCUCCCAGCAGCAGGCGGGUGGAGGCGUGGCCAGUGGCGUGGGAGUGCUGCAGAAGACGCACGGAUUCUUCAAUAAUCUGCGGCACCGCUGGAGCCGCACAAAGAGCAAAGACCGCCUCGGACGCAAGUCGCCUAGCGACUUCCUCGAGGAGAGCACGGACUAUGCCGCGGACUACAGCUCGGAGAGCAGCUCCGUAACCCAGAGUCCGCGUCACCGGGCCACAACUAUCGGCGGUUCGCCGCUGGCCCGCGAGUUCCGAGCCACGGCCAAGAUGGCGCAAGUCAUCCAACGUUUCGGCGGCUCCAUGGAGGGGCGCAUCGACGAGCAGCCGGAAAAUGCCAAUGGUGCCGCCUGCAGUCCCGUGGAGCUGACACCGCAGCAGCAGCUCGAGGCCCUGCAGGCCGAAGAGCUUCGUCGCAAGCGGGACGCUCAAUUACGUCAAUUCGUCUUCUUUCAGCUGCGCGUCCAUCUCAAAUCCGGCAGCGACCUGGUGGCCAUGGACAAGAACGGACUGAGUGAUCCUUAUGUAAAGUUCAAGGUUGGCGGUCGGCUGCUGCACAAGUCGCGCACCAUACACCGCGACCUCAAUCCCGUGUGGGACGAGGUAUUCAUUGUUCCCGUCGAGGACCCUUUUCAGCCGAUUAUUGUGAAGGUCUUUGACUACGAUUGGGGCCUGCAGGACGAUUUCAUGGGCUCGGCCAAGCUGGAUCUCACCCAACUGGAGCUGGGCAAGGCCGAGGACAUCCACCUGCAGCUGUGCGACACGAGCAGCCACGGGGAGCGGGCCAUGGGCGAGAUACUCAUCAAUUUAACGCUCUGGCCGCGUAGCCAGGAGGACAAGGAAAUGCACUUUCAGCGCAACUCCAAACUGGCCGAGUCAUCGAAGCGUCUGAAGUCGCAGAUCUGGAGCUCAGUGGUCACCAUUCUGCUGGUAAGGGCCAAAGAUCUCCCACUGGCUGAAGACGGUAGCAAGCUCACCGAAACGCACUUCAGGUUCAGAUUGGGCAACGAGAAGUACAAGAGCAAGUCUUCCUGGACGGAGCGCUGGCUGGAACAGUUCGAUCUGCAUCUGUUCGACGAGGACCAGAACCUGGAGCUGGCUCUGUGGAAUCGCAACACCCUCUACGGCAAGGCCAUCAUCGACUUGAGUGUGUUCCAGCGCGAGACAACGCACGGGAUAUGGAAGCCGCUGGAGGAUUGCCCCGGCGAAGUGCACCUCAUGCUCACCAUCAGCGGCACAACGGCCUUGGAGACGAUCAGCGACCUGAAGGCGUUCAAGGAGGAUCCACGCGAGUCCCAGCUGCUGAGAGAUCGCUACCGCUUCCUACGCUGCCUGCAGAACCUGAGGGAUGUGGGUCACCUCACAGUGAAAGUGUUUGGAGCCACGGGUCUGGCUGCAGCGGAUAUUGGCGGCAAAUCGGAUCCCUUUUGCGUUCUCGAGCUGGGAAAUGCCCGACUGCAGACGCAGACAGAGUACAAGACCCUAACGCCAAACUGGAAUAAGAUUUUCACCUUCAAUGUCAAGGACAUCACACAGGUUCUGGAGAUCACAGUCUUCGACGAGGAUCGCGAUCAUCGCGUCGAGUUCCUCGGCAAGCUCGUCAUUCCACUGCUGCGCAUCAAGAGCGGCGUCAAGCGCUGGUACACUCUGAAGGACAAGAAUCUCUGUGUCCGAGCCAAGGGAAACUCUCCGCAAAUCCAGCUCGAACUGACUGUCAUCUGGAGCGAGAUUCGAGCCGUCUGCCGCGCUCUCCAGCCAAAAGAGGAGAAACUCAUUCAGCAGGAGGCCAAGUUUAAGAGGCAGCUCUUCCUGCGCAAUGUCAACCGUCUCAAGGAGAUCAUCAUGGACAUCCUGGAGGCAGCCCGCUAUGUGCAGAGCUGCUUUGAAUGGGAGUCUCCGGUGCGUUCCAGCAUAGCUUUUGUCUUUUGGAUUGUGGGCUGUGUCUAUGGCGAUCUGGAGACUGUUCCUUUGGUCCUACUGCUCAUUAUUCUCAAAAAGUGGCUGAUUCGCAUGAUCACAGGCACAACAGACCCCUCAGCGGGGCACUAUGACUAUGAGUACGAUGAGGAUGACGAAGAUGACAAGGAGAAAGAGGAGAAAAAGUCCAUCAAGGAGCGACUGCAAGCCAUUCAAGAAGUCUCCCAGACCGUACAGAACACCAUUGGCUAUCUAGCCUCGCUGGCUGAGAGCACCAUUAACACAUUCAACUUUUCCGUCCCCGAGCUCACCUGGCUGGCCGUCGUCCUGCUGCUGGGCGCCAUUCUGGUGCUACAUUUUGUGCCGCUGCGCUGGCUCCUGCUCUUCUGGGGCCUGAUGAAGUUCUCGCGUCGCUUGCUGCGCCCCAACACUAUACCCAACAACGAGCUACUCGAUUUUCUUUCCCGUGUGCCCGACAACGAGGAGAUUAAUCAAUAUCGAGAGCUACCACCCUCGGCGCCCACCGAUCAGACCCGCAGCAAUCCAAAGAAGAAGCUCAAGGGCUCAUAGUCCAUAACCAGCGCUGAUGCGGCAAUGGCGAUGGUGGCGCCGCUGCAGUCCAGCGCGUUGAUUGGAGGCGGCGGCAGGCAGCAGCUGAUGCAGCGCUUCCGGGCCAACACCAGCCAACUGAAGCAGAAGUUUGGCCAGGCCAAGAGCCUCAGUCUGAGCCACGGCGAAAGUAAUUAGACACCAAAGUUAGGAGAGUUAGCUAGCUAGUUAGUUAAGGAGAGGGCAGCACCAAGACACAAAGUUCCACACGCAGACAGACAUCCCAUCCACAAAACUAUAUACUCAAUGCAACUAAAACUUGACUCAAUUAAGCAGCACAAAGUUUGCUUCACUUAUUUUCUUAGCAUUAUAUGAAUAUGGAUAUAUGUAUAUGUGAAAACUAAAACUAUUUACACAGAAAGAUAUUGUAUAUACACAGAAAGGAUAGAAGAUAUUCCAAGUACCUAAGGUAACCAAACCCUCUCUCGCUCUCUCUCUCACACUCUUUAAAAGAAUAUAUUCGAAUAUUUACCAAGAAACACUCAAAAUGCUAACAACCAGAUUCCUUUUGCGCGAAUCCGAAUUAUUUAUUGUGUACUCGUAUUUCAAUUUGUGAUAUUUUCCAAGAAUUUUGCAACUUAGGCUUACUUACUUAUGUGACUUAUGUAACCCCCUGAAGGAGGGAUUAUCCUUCCCGCACUCAAAUCUCCCUAGACUCCAUUUAGAAAUCAAUUGCACUCGACUCGUUUAAGGAUGCUUCUUCUUGAUAUACCUUUACAAAUACCUUUUAUAUGUACGCCUAAACAAGACCUUAUUAAACUUAUUGUAAUUAUUUCACUCGAAGCAAAUUGUUCAAAACAUUUUCUAAUAUUUAUAUGAAUAAUACGUCUAGGAUAAUCAGCUCGUCAAGGCCCCCGCCCCAGGCCCAGCCAUAAACACGAUUUGUAUGUGUAACAAUUACAACUAAUUGCAAUUAAAAUCCACUCCGAUCGAUCGAUUUGAUACAUUUUAGAUAGUCAAACUAUUUUAUACCCCGCAGGAAGAGCAACAACAAACGUUUUUUAUAUACAUACAUACAUACAAAAAUACUUCAUACCAAACUCAAUUAAUUGAUUAAUUAAAUUAGCACCUAAGUUAAGUUUG